AAGAAACAGAUCAAUCCUUGACUCUCUACCGAGCCAGAAGACGGAUUACAGCCGCUGAGGAGCUAAUUCUCUUUAUUAAAAAUGCCUAUUUAAUAGCUUGACAUUGACUAGCCAGAAGCAGCAUUGAUUUGGCUCAUAUGUGCCUGUCAUGGCCCUGUCAAACACUGGACCACCGGAGGACCAUCUCUGACAUCAGACGCCAUUUAGUGGACAUUUUCUGAAGGCCUCAGGAACAACCUAAAGCUUGACUGAGGAUGGAUGCUGACAUGUUUGGAAGACAGGACAGGACUGCAAUUAACUGGAUUGAAGGCACUGUUUGCACUGAUUCGUUCAUCCAGUAGGGCAGGAAUAAUCUUUCACACUAAUUCUCUGGAGGCUGGGCAGAGGUUUUGCAACAGAAGACACGGUUUCACAUGAGACUGCAACUAUUGUUUGGCGAGGAAUCAGAUUACACACUCCAUUCUUGACUUCAGAAGAGAGCUUCUGAUGGGAAGGACGAAGAAUCAGACAAAUAUAUCUUACAGAUUAGAGGAGACGCUCCACAGUUUACUGUGAAAACAGGACACACCCCGAGGGAGUGCGUUUCACACACACUCUCUGAACGCAUUGCUUUCCAUGUAGAAAUGGCGGCGCUCUCAGAUUACCAACGACACUAUAAUGUAAAAGACGAGCCGGACAUGCAGUCUGAUGAAGGUACAGAGUGGCUCUUGGAGCUGCUCACAGAUGUGCAGCUUCAGCAAUAUUUCCAGCGUAUCCGUGAUGAGCUCAAUGUCACGCGUCUCUCACACUUUGACUAUGUCAAAACAGAGGACCUCGAAAAGAUUGGCAUGGGCCGACCAGGUCAAAGGCGGCUGUGGGAGGCAGUCAAAAGAAGGAGGGCAAUGUGCAAACGGAAGUCAUGGAUGAGCAAGUCUCUGUGUUUGGGUCAGCAGGUGUUUACCGGGAAGCGCCCUGACUCCGAUUCGCAGACUCCAGAGGUUUUCCGCAGCUCGUCCCCUUCAUCGGCUCCUCCGGAUGGCCAGCCGACGGAUCUCACCUGCCUCAUCAGCGAACGAGACCUCACUCUCUAUGAAAAACUGGGGGACGGAUCUUUCGGAGUGGUGAAGCGUGGAGAAUGGCAGGCCCCCUCUGGAAGAGUGCUAAGCGUGGCUGUGAAGUGCCUGAAGACGGACCUGUUGGACCAGGGUGAAGGUCUAGAUGACUUCAUACGAGAAGUUAAUGCCAUGCACUCCUUGAACCACCACAAUCUCAUUCGUCUGUAUGGGUGCGUCCUCACACACCCCAUGAAGAUGGUGACAGAACUUGCUCCAUUGGGUUCUCUGUUGGACCGCCUGAGGAAACGUCAGGGUCAUAUACUGAUAUCAGUGCUGUGCCACUACACUGUUCAGAUCGCCUGUGGGAUGGCAUACCUGGAGUCUCGACGCUUCAUUCACAGAGACCUGGCUGCACGCAACAUCCUUUUAGCCUCCAAUGACCUCAUCAAGAUCGGUGACUUCGGCCUGAUGAGGGCCUUGCCUAAAAAUGAUGAUCAUUACGUUAUGCAGGAGCAUCACAAAGUCCCUUUUGCAUGGUGUGCUCCAGAGAGCCUGAAGACCCGUACCUUCUCCCAUGCCAGUGAUACCUGGAUGUUUGGAGUAACAUUGUGGGAAAUGUUCACUCACGGGCAGGAACCAUGGGUUGGACUCAAUGGUAGUCAGAUCCUCCAUAAGAUCGAUAGAGAGGGAGAAAGGCUUAUCAAACCAGAGGACUGUCCUCAGGACAUUUAUAACGUCAUGCUGCAGUGCUGGUCACCCAAACCUGAGGACAGGCCGACAUUUGUGUCCCUUAGGGACUUCCUUGUGGAGACAAUGCCAACAGAUAUGAGGGCACUGCAGGACUUUGAUGAGCCAGACAAACUUAAAAUCCACGCCAAUGACAUCAUCACCAUCAUUGAGGGCAGAGCAGAGAACUACUGGUGGAGGGGUCAGAACAGACAGACCAUGAAGGUGGGACAGUUCCCCAGGAAUGUAGUGACCUCUGUGGCCGGUCUAUCUGCUCAGGACAUCAGCCGACCUCUCAAGCACAGUUUCAUCCACACAGGCCAUGGAGACACUGACCCACACCGUAGCUGGGGUGCCCCUGAUAAGAUUGAUGAUCUGUACCUUGGUAAUCCCAUGGAUCCUCCAGAUGUUCUUGGGUUGGAUUCAAAUACAGCCAAGCCCACUAAGCUACCAAACCGGGCUAAAAAACAACCUCCUCCUAGACCUCCUAAACCAGCUGUUCUUCUUAAGAAACCAUUUUAUGACUCUGUCCUGGAUGAUGAUGAUGAUGAUGAUCUGAUAGUGACAGGUGUGAAGAAGCUCUCACUUAAGACUCCUACAUACCUGGGUUUACGCCUUCGCCCAUGGGAAAGCACUAGUCCGAGUGACCGCCUUUGUGAAGUCUCCCUUAUUGACUUUGGGGAUGAUAGUUUCAGCUCAACAUCGCCCUCUCCCAUUACCGAGAUUCCCAAUCCUAGCACAGCGAAACCACCUUUGUCCUAUGCCGCUUCCAUCUUGGAUAUGGCACCACCCCAGAGCCCAAAUCAAGCCUUACCCAACCCCAUGCACCCUACUCCUGUGGUAGACUGGGACAUGCGGCCCCUGCCUCCUCUCCCGGCAUAUGAUGAGGUGGCCAUUGAGUGUGCAGAGCAGGAAGACAUAGAAGUGAGCUCCAUAAAUGCAUCUGCAGCCCAGGAAGACGCUGUAUAUGAACAGACCCCAUCAGAAGAAGACAUUAAUAAUGAUGGUAAACGGAACGUGGAGGAUAACCUCUUUCUUCCAUCAAAGCGUCCUGAGGAAUCCCACUCGUUUUCACAAUCAGCAGAUAUCUUCAAGGAACUUCAAAGAGAGGUGAUGGUAAAGCUUCGGGUCCCUCCAAGUGGGCGUUCUCUACCUUCUUCACCCCUCCCGACUCCUUCAGUUCUCACCCCACACCGUCAGAUAAUCCUUCCAUCCUCUUAUGAGGACAAGCCUCAGAUCCCUCCAAGAAUCCCUAUUCCACCUAUGCGGCCUUCAAAGAGGACAGGAAUAUAUGGCAGCAGACUGUCUGUUUCUCUUGGAGAAAAUGAAGAUGGGAGCCGUUGUCCACCCCAAAUACCCCCGCGGGAUCAUGCUCUAUCUCAGCCCAAUUCUCGGGCACCAAGUCCUAUGGUGCCUCAAAGCGGCUCUCCUCAACAAAGAUCCAGCCUGUGCUGUGUUGGAUCAUUGGGCUCCUGCUUGUCUCCAUCAUCAUAUUCUUCUGCACCAUCCAGCUCGUCCACCACAUCUUCCACAUCCACCACUACUAGUUCUCAAUAUGGAUCUACUGAAGUGAGCCAAAAUCCAGCCAAGAGUCCUUGCAUCCUGCCAAUUGUUCACGGUGGUGUAAAGGCCAGCAGCACUCAUUACUACUUGCUACCUGAGAAACCGGCAUACUUGGACAAGUAUGAGAAGUUCUUUAAUUCGGAGGGAAACGAUGAGAAAAGGACUACAAAUAUGGCUACUGUGAGACCCAUGGUUCAGCAGCAAGGCAACAAAUCCAAUGCUUCCCCUAGCCACACCAGUAACAGUGGGACCUCCAGCAGUCUGGCUUGGCCAAGCAGCUCCCAAGCAGGUUCUUACAGCCGUGUCACGCUGCAACAAGUACAGGAAGCAGUACAUGGGGUUACUGUAGAGGAGUGUCAAACAGCCUUGCAGGCACACAACUGGAAUGCUCAGGAGGCCGUGAAGUAUCUAAAGGUAGAACAGUUAUUCCGACUGGGUUUGAAGACUCGGCCUGAAUGCAUGGAAACUCUGCAGAGAUGUGGCUGGAAUCUGGAACAGGCCAGCACCCAAAUGCUGGAUUCCUAUGGUCCAUCCAGGCAUAGGUUCUAAUGGCAGGAAGAUGAAGAACCAAGCUGAUCUCCAUUCCACUGGAGGCAACGCACCGACUGUGGACCAGAUAUAUAGUAGAUAUUUAGCAGGUCAUGUGAAUAUUCAUUGCUUUACUGCUUGAAAUCAAUGCAACACAAAUGCAAACCUCACUUACUUGAAGUACAAUAGUGUGAGCAGUGUGAACCAUGAACAUCACUGAUUCAAAUGUGACUUCACAGCAUUCAGCCUGGGAAAUGUUUGUAGAUUAUUUAUUUAGUAUAUUUAAUGCAGGGGCAUAAUGAUGAUCUGAACAGUGGUGACUAAUCUGUGAGUCUUAUCAGCACAGCUAAUGAAUAUUUAUUGAGUGCAGUGUAAUGGUUAUUAUUUUGUAUUUUACUUAAGACAAUGCAGGGUAUAAUGUAUAGAAACGUGCGCUUUGGAAUGAAUAUACAGUAUAGAACAUUAUGGUGCAGUCACAUUAAGUGAAUAUUGGAAUCAAUGUACAGGGUGCGGACGUUUCUCCACACAGGUUGUUCACAUACUAAAUAGAAAGUUGUUUGGUGUGAAAAUGGCUUCUGUGUGAGCUUUACAUUACAUUGCUACACUACUGACCACACACAAUGGACUUUUUGUAUGUAAAAUUUCACCAAAUUGACUGCACCUUUUUACUUUUCCAAACGUUUGCUAACACAUUGACAAUGCUGCAUGCAGAUCACAGGCCUUGUUGUUGCUACGUUUACUAGCUUUUUAAUAGGUUUAUUCUUUUUAGGCCAAAUUAAAAAUUAGUCUGAGCCUCAGCUGGGUUGAGGGUUGGGGUAGGGGUAGACGUUAAUAAAACACAAUAAAUGAGAAAUUUAAUGAAUAAUAAAAAAUAAUUCCAAAUAAAUAUAGUAAUCCAUACCUGAUUAACCAUGUGGAUGGAUGAUAACAGUCUUCUGAGCCCCAGAAAGCCCCUACUAGCCCAUAUCUAUCAACUGAUAACCACUAAUAACUCCCAUUCAAUCGAGUGAUGACAUUUAAAUCAGCUGACAAUUCAACUAUAGUUCUUCUGUUACUGUUUUUAUAUUUUCAUUCAUUUUCUUGUCGACUUAGUCCCUUUAUUAAUCUGGGGUCACCACAGCGGAAUGAACCACUAACUUAUCCAGCAAGUUUUUACACAGCGGAUGCCCUUCCAGCCGCAAACCAUCUCUGGGAAACAUCCACACACACACUCAUACACU